UCCAGACCCGCUCGGGGGGUGUUUUUAUAUUGCUUCCUCUUUGUGGCUUCUCCUUUUCCAACAAUUUUUGGUCAAUGGUCAAUGAAAAUACGAGGAUGUACAUUCCAGAGGAAAACCACCAAGGUUCCAACUAUGGGAGCCCACGCCCAGCUCAUGCCAACAUGAAUGCCAAUGCUGCUGCAGGGCUGGCCCCCGAGCACAUCCCCACCCCAGGGGCAGCCCUAUCCUGGCAGGCCGCCAUCGAUGCCGCCCGUCAAGCCAAGCUCAUGGGCAGCGCUGGCAAUGCGACCAUCUCCACGGUCAGCUCCACACAGCGGAAGCGGCAGCAGUACGGGAAACCUAAGAAGCAGAGCGGCACGACUGCCACCCGGCCACCCCGUGCCCUGCUCUGCCUGACCCUGAAGAACCCCAUCCGGAGGGCGUGCAUCAGCAUCGUGGAAUGGAAACCAUUUGAAAUUAUUAUUUUACUGACUAUUUUUGCCAAUUGUGUGGCCUUAGCAAUCUACAUUCCCUUCCCAGAAGAUGAUUCCAACGCCACCAACUCCAAUCUGGAACGAGUGGAAUAUCUCUUUCUCAUAAUUUUUACCGUGGAAGCAUUUUUAAAAGUAAUCGCCUAUGGACUUCUCUUUCACCCCAACGCUUACCUCCGCAAUGGUUGGAAUUUACUAGAUUUUAUAAUUGUGGUUGUAGGGCUUUUUAGUGCAAUUUUAGAACAAGCAACCAAAGCAGAUGGAGCAAAUGCUCUAGGAGGGAAAGGGGCUGGAUUUGAUGUGAAGGCGCUGAGGGCUUUCCGUGUGCUGCGCCCCCUGAGGCUGGUGUCCGGAGUCCCGAGUCUGCAGGUGGUCCUGAACUCCAUUAUCAAGGCUAUGGUGCCCCUGUUGCACAUCGCCCUGCUCGUGCUAUUUGUCAUCAUCAUCUAUGCCAUCAUUGGCCUGGAGCUCUUCAUGGGGAAGAUGCACAAGACAUGCUACAACCAAGAGGGCAUAGCAGAUGUCCCAGCAGAAGAGGACCCUUCCCCUUGUGCUUUGGAGACAGGCCACGGGCGGCAGUGUCAGAACGGAACAGUAUGCAAGCCCGGGUGGGAUGGGCCCAAGCACGGCAUCACCAACUUCGACAACUUCGCCUUCGCCAUGCUGACGGUGUUCCAGUGCAUCACAAUGGAGGGCUGGACAGAUGUGCUGUACUGGAUGCAGGACGCUAUGGGCUAUGAGUUACCCUGGGUGUAUUUUGUCAGUCUGGUCAUCUUUGGAUCCUUUUUCGUUCUAAAUCUGGUUCUCGGUGUGCUGAGCGGAGAGUUUUCCAAAGAGAGGGAGAAGGCCAAGGCUCGGGGAGAUUUCCAAAAGCUGCGAGAGAAACAGCAGCUGGAAGAAGAUCUCAAAGGCUAUCUGGACUGGAUCACUCAGGCAGAAGACAUCGACCCUGAGAAUGAGGAUGAAGGCAUGGAUGAGGAGAGACCCCGAAACAGAGGCGCUCCAGCGGGCUUGCUUGAUCAGAAGAAGGGGAAGUUUGCUUGGUUUAGUCACUCCACAGAAAGCCAUGUGAGCAUGCCCACAAGUGAGACCGAGUCUGUCAACACUGAAAACGUGGCUGGAGGUGACAUCGAGGGUGAAAACUGCGGGGCCAGGCUGGCCCACCGGAUCUCCAAGUCAAAGUUCAGCCGCUACUGGCGCAGGUGGAAUCGGUUUUGCAGAAGAAAGUGCCGAGCCGCAGUCAAGUCCAACGUCUUCUACUGGCUUGAUUUUCUGGUAUUCCUCAACACGCUCACCAUUGCCUCGGAGCACUACAACCAGCCCCACUGGCUCACAGAAGUGCAAGACACAGCCAAUAAGGCCCUCCUGGCCCUGUUCACUGCGGAGAUGCUUCUGAAGAUGUACAGCCUUGGCCUGCAGGCCUAUUUUGUGUCCCUCUUCAACCGCUUUGACUGCUUCAUUGUGUGUGGAGGCAUCCUGGAGACCAUCCUGGUGGAGACCAAGAUCAUGUCUCCCUUGGGCAUCUCCGUGCUCAGAUGCGUCCGGCUACUGAGGAUCUUUAAAAUCACAAGGUACUGGAACUCCCUGAGCAACUUGGUGGCAUCCUUGCUGAACUCUGUACGCUCCAUCGCUUCCCUGCUCCUGCUUCUCUUCCUCUUCAUCAUCAUCUUCUCCCUCCUGGGGAUGCAGCUCUUUGGCGGGAAGUUCAACUUUGAUGAGAUGCAGACGCGAAGAAGUACAUUUGACAAUUUCCCCCAGUCCCUCCUCACUGUGUUCCAGAUCCUGACCGGGGAGGACUGGAAUUCGGUGAUGUAUGAUGGGAUCAUGGCUUAUGGCGGCCCCUCUUUUCCAGGGAUGUUAGUCUGUAUUUACUUCAUCAUCCUCUUCAUCUGUGGAAAUUAUAUCCUACUGAAUGUAUUUUUGGCCAUUGCUGUGGACAACCUAGCUGAUGCUGAGAGCCUCACCUCUGCCCAAAAGGAGGAGGAAGAAGAAAAGGAGAGAAAGAAGCUGGCCAGGACUGCCAGCCCAGAGAAGAAACAAGAGGUGGUGGAGAAGCCAGUGGUGGAGGAGGCCAAGGAGGAGAAAAUUGAGCUGAAAUCCAUUACUGCUGAUGGAGAGUCCCCGUCCACCACCAAGAUCAACAUGGAUGACCUCCAGCCCAAUGAAAACGAGGAUAAGAGCCCCUACCCCAACCCAGAUGCCACAGGAGAAGAGGAUGAGGAGGAGCCAGAGAUGCCUGUGGGGCCCCGCCCCCGACCACUCUCAGAGCUGCACCUUAAGGAAAAGGCAGUGCCCAUGCCAGAAGCCAGCGCAUUUUUCAUCUUUAGCCCCAACAACAGGUUCCGCCUCCAGUGCCACCGCAUCGUCAACCACACCAUCUUCACCAACCUGAUCCUCUUCUUCAUUCUGCUCAGUAGCAUCUCCCUGGCUGCUGAGGACCCCGUCCAGCACACUUCCUUCAGGAACCACAUUCUGUUUUAUUUUGACAUUGUUUUUACUACCAUUUUCACCAUUGAAAUUGCUCUGAAGAUGACUGCUUAUGGGGCUUUCCUGCACAAGGGCUCUUUCUGCCGGAACUACUUCAACAUCUUAGACCUGCUGGUGGUCAGCGUGUCCCUUAUCUCCUUUGGCAUCCAGUCCAGUGCAAUCAACGUUGUGAAGAUCUUGAGAGUACUGCGAGUCCUGAGGCCCCUGAGGGCCAUCAACAGGGCCAAAGGAUUAAAGCACGUGGUUCAGUGUGUGUUUGUCGCCAUCCGAACCAUUGGGAACAUCGUGAUUGUCACCACGCUGCUGCAGUUCAUGUUCGCCUGCAUAGGGGUCCAGCUCUUCAAGGGAAAGCUCUACACCUGCUCUGAUAGUUCCAAACAGACAGAGGCAGAGUGCAAGGGUAACUACAUCACAUACAAAGACGGGGAGGUUGACCACCCCAUCAUCCAGCCCCGCAGCUGGGAGAACAGCAAGUUUGACUUUGACAAUGUUCUGGCAGCUAUGAUGGCUCUCUUCACUGUUUCCACCUUUGAGGGGUGGCCAGAGCUGCUGUACCGCUCCAUCGACUCCCACACGGAGGACAAGGGACCCAUCUACAACUAUCGUGUGGAAAUCUCCAUCUUCUUCAUCAUCUACAUCAUCAUCAUCGCCUUCUUCAUGAUGAACAUCUUCGUGGGUUUCGUCAUCGUCACCUUCCAGGAGCAGGGGGAGCAAGAAUACAAGAACUGUGAGCUGGACAAGAACCAGCGACAGUGUGUGGAGUACGCCCUCAAGGCACGACCGCUGCGGAGGUACAUCCCCAAAAACCAGCACCAGUACAAAGUGUGGUACGUGGUCAACUCUACCUACUUCGAGUACCUGAUGUUCGUCCUCAUCCUGCUCAAUACCAUCUGCUUGGCCAUGCAGCACUAUGGCCAGAGCUGCCUGUUCAAAGAAGCCAUGAAUGUCCUCAACAUGCUCUUCACCGGCCUCUUCACCGUGGAGAUGAUUCUGAAGCUCAUUGCCUUCAAGCCCAAGGGUUACUUUAGUGAUCCCUGGAAUGUUUUUGACUUCCUCAUCGUGAUUGGGAGCAUAAUUGAUGUCAUUCUCAGUGAAACUAAUCCCCGCUGUGCUGGGCCCAAGCGCACAGAGCUGAGCGGAGGGAGCAGGCGGUGUCUCGAGGGGCAGCCAGCGCCCCUCGCAGGUGGCCGCAGCCCCACUCCCUCGGAACUAACCCAGCUUUUGUCAGACCUCUCCGCCCUGCGAAAACCAGGUUGCCCAGGUUUGAGCCGUCAGAACUAUAGAGUG